ACGGGGCGAGCCCUCCCUGCCGGGAGAGCCAGCCCUGCGGCAGGCAGCGCCAUGGUCUCAUGGAUCAUCUCCAGGCUAGUGGUGCUUAUAUUUGGCACUCUUUACCCCGCAUAUUAUUCUUACAAAGCCGUGAAAUCAAAGGACAUCAAAGAAUAUGUCAAAUGGAUGAUGUACUGGAUCAUAUUCGCACUCUUCACGACAGCAGAGACAUUCACGGAUAUCUUUCUUUGCUGGUUUCCAUUCUACUAUGAACUCAAAAUAGCUUUUGUAGCUUGGCUGCUGUCUCCAUACACAAAAGGCUCCAGCCUCCUGUACAGAAAAUUUGUUCAUCCAACGCUGUCUUCAAAAGAAAAGGAGAUCGAUGACUGCCUCGUCCAGGCAAAAGACCGGAGCUACGAUGCCCUUGUGCACUUUGGGAAGCGGGGGCUGAACGUCGCAGCCACGGCAGCCGUCAUGGCGGCUUCAAAGGGACAAGGGGCCCUGUCUGAGAGACUAAGGAGCUUUAGCAUGCAGGAUCUCUCGACGAUUCGCGGAGACAGCAGCAGCACUGUUCCUCCUUCGGUCACUGUACGAACAAGUAGCAAACAGAGCCAGCCAAAAACAUCCAGAAGUGCAUCGGAAGGCACUGGCAGCUCAGUGUGCACGUGUUGCUCGGUAUGCCGACUCCUCAGAGGUGUGGACAAUAAGUAUGAAAAGCCACCUGAGGCAAACUGUGAAACAAAAGACUCUGUGUUCUCAGAUGAUGAAGAGAACGAUUCAUUGGAUUGUGCGUCCAUGAACAAAAGGCCCAAAAAGAAGGAUCAACCCCUUGAGGCACCGCCUAGGACCCUUAGACCUCGCUUCAGGAAGAAAAGUACCUCGUCCUCUGCCACUGAAACAAUGUGAGUGCAAUGAGCCAAUAGCACCAAGAUCCACAGAAUGUCUCUCUUCUGCCUUAAAGAGCUACUCGUUAAUAACGUAGGAAACAGCAGUGGGAUGGAUGUGCUUUGAUGUACAGCAUUGUAGACAUGGCCUUUCUCUCUCCUCUCUCUGUAUCCUUCUGUUGUUACACGCUUCUCGCGUUUGUCCGUGACGUGGGUAGGACAGUCUGGCAGACACCUGCAGGUUAAGAGUCCUUGUUUCGUUUGCAGCGUGUAUGCCCGCUCACGCUAAUCCUAUAAGGCUGGACAUUUACAAUUCUCAUUUGUGUCUGCAUCGCUCUAGCUCUGUGAAUGCACAGUGGAAACAAAAAUAAUCAGUUACUCAUGAUGAUACAUUGACAGUGUAUUUAUUUAUGGCUUUAUCAUUAAUGAAGUGGACUUGCAGAAGCCAUGGAUUUCUCUUUCCUCCCUUCCUCCUCAAGGCUGUGAAUGAUGUAACAAAUG